UUGGCUGCAGUCGCACUACGGACAGUUUAUUCUAAUUGUGUGCUACCAUCCCAUAUACAUCCAAACCUACAAAUAUUAUUGCUAUAGUUAACGAUAUUAACUACACAUAUUAAAUGCUAUUAUACACGGGCCGAGCAAAGCCAUUUUAAAAGCGGUUUACUGCCCCAUCCACACACAAAACACAUGAAAAAAUUAAAUUAAAUCAAUUGAAAUCGUAAUCAAGUCCAAAAUACACAGCGAAGAGAAAAAUCAAAUAAACUAAAUUAUAUGGUUAUCAACGUUGAAAUCUAAAUGUAUAAUAACUAACUAUUUUCUAUGAAAAUCGAGUGUUUCGUUUCCGAAUCGGGAAAAAGUUAAAGUUAAUAAUUCAAUUAAUGUUAACGCCAAAUAUAAUCCGACGAGAAAAAGCGCAUGCAACAAGUUAAAUCCAGCCGACAGUUGUAAACCAAGUUAGAUCCGUACACAGAUACACCCCAAAUACCACUACCAAUACGAAUGAAUGCCCGGUAUACACACACAAACGCAAAAAUCACACACACACGCAGACUAUAACAAUGUCAAGUGAAAACAUUCUCUGGAAGCAACAGGUUUCCCCCUAAUAAGUGUUAUAAAGAAGCAACCAACAGUCAUCACCCAGAACUGUUCGUUUUGAAAAAAGUAAAGAAAAAGAGAAAGAGAGGUAGAAAGAGAGCACGAGGAAUAAGAAGAUAAAGUAUAUAGAAAGAGAAAGAGCGGAGAAAGAGCCACCUUUCAGUCAGUAAAAUUGUAUGAAAAUAAUAGAAUAAACUAAAGAAGACAGUUUUUAAGUGGGUUGAAAUAGAAAAAAUCAAAAAUUAGUGUGACUGCAACCAAGUGGAACCGAAUCUAACCAAAACCAAAAUCCUAGCCAUCCCCGAACCGCAAGAUCAACUAAAAGAGUUCUUAGAGCGCAUCUGAAAGCGCCAACCUCAAAGAACCAUGGAAUUCUACGAUGGCGACCUCAAAGAUAUAUGGGACUCUGACUUAGAUCCGGAAUCCUUGAAAAUCAGCCCCGAUCACGAUAUGGACGACUGGCUGUUCGAUCGCGACGUCAAAGAUCCCACCGUCAUACUCAACGACAAGCUCAUCUCGGAUGCCCUGCUCAAUGGCACACAGCCGAUCAAGACGGAGCACUCCUACAGCCUCAGCAGCGACGUUGACUCCCUGCCCGAUUCACCAAAAAGCCUGCAGGCCAAGAUCGAGGACAUGGACGACGAGUGCUUUCCCGCCAUUUCACCGAAGACGGCGACCAGCGGGCGCGUGACCAUCGACCCCAAGUGCCUGACCUUCCACGCCCCGCCCACGCAUGCCACGCCCACCAGCCGGCUGAGCAGCAAUCCCGCCCUAAACACCUCCGUCGCAGAUCUGACACGAUCCUCCGGCCUGCAGGGUCUGCAGGCGCACCAGCCACACCACGGAUCCGGGUCCAACCACGUGGUGGUGGCCAGCCUGGAGCACUUUCAACUACCUCAGCACCUGUACGACAACGACUGCAGCUCCUCGGUGUCGUCGUUGCGGGAUGGCAGCAUGUCGCCGGACAUCUGCUCCGACAUCGAGAUCGACGAGUCGGCCAUCAAGGAUGAGCCCAUGUCGCCGGACUCCAGCUGCCCCGCCAGUCCCACUUCGCAAGCGAGCAGCUCGCAGCGCCAGCUCAGCCUUAGUCUGGCCCACCUGCAGUCGGAGUUGCUAUUCGAGCCGAAGCACGGUGGCCUCCUGCUGGCCACCAGCAUCAACAGCAACAACAGCCUCAUCAAGUCCCAGCAGCGCCAGCAGCAAAACCUCGUCCAGGACAAUCUGCUGAUGGCCAAAAUGGCGAUCAAGAGCGAGAAACAGAACGCCAGCAGUGGCUCCGGCAAAACCCAUGCCCAUGGCUAUGGAAUCCCGCUAACGCCGCCAUCCUCCCUGCCCAGCGACGAUUCCGAAGGUAACUUAACACCGGAACACUUGUUUUCGCCCCUGUCGCCCAACGCUUCCGUUUCUAUCUCCGUGGCCAAUCCAGCCGGCGGAGAGUCAACCGUACGGGUCAGCCGCACCGCUGCCGGGAUCACGCGAUCGUCCUCCGGAUCCACAUCCGGAUCCGGCUCCAGUUCCAGCACAACGGCCACCUCGACAAGGCAGCCGAUCCACACGCCGCUGAUUAGCUCGCAGCCGAAGGGCUCCACUGGGACGCUGCUGCUGACGGAGGAGGAGAAACGCACUUUGGUGGCCGAAGGCUAUCCGAUACCGCAGAAGCUUCCCCUAACCAAAGCCGAGGAGAAAUCGCUCAAGAAGAUUCGACGCAAGAUCAAGAAUAAAAUCUCUGCUCAGGAAAGCCGCCGGAAGAAGAAGGAGUACAUGGACCAGCUGGAGAGGCGCGUCGAGAUCCUGGUCACCGAGAACCACGACUACAAGAAGCGCCUCGAGGGGCUGGAGGAGACCAAUGCCAAUCUACUUAGUCAGCUGCACAAACUGCAGGCCCUAGUUAGCAAGCACAAUGUGAAAAAGUCCUAAGGCCCCGGUUUGAGAGCCCCUGAAGUCCCAGGGGUUUCUGGAACCGGAACCGUUUCUUGUUUGCCCGCCCUCCCGAGUUAUAUUGUAGAUCUAUAUGUGUACGUCUUCAGUUUUUUGUUUCGAUUUAAUCAGUAAUCAGUCUGGGAGUUUUUCAAGAAUUUAUGUGACGAUGAAAUUUUAAUGAAUUUUCUGUUCGGCUUUUGGUUAGCACAAAGCGGUAAACAUUCCCCUCCCUCCUGCUCCACCGCACCCCCAAUAUACUAUAUAUUCCGCAAGGCCCUGACGCCUAGAUGCCCAUAACUAAUACCGUAUAAUUAAUGUGUAUGUAAUCCUAGCUACUUGUAGGACCUAUAUUAUAUAGCUAUGUAUAUUAGUCAUGCAUUCCUGUUAUAUAAACUUGAUCUAGAGCUUAGGCAAACGACCAGCUGCUACAAUAACCACAAUUACAAUUACAAUUACGAUCGAGAAGCUCAAAAGCAGAAGCCAAUCCAGAAAGCGUCUAAAGAGAAGCUAAAUAAUAAUAUUGUAAUUAAACGAAAUCAACAGACCAAAAACAAAAACAUAAAAAAACAGCAAAGUAACGAAAAGAUUUAAAAAAAGAAAAGAAUAUAGCUGAUCGCAAAACGGGCUCUAGUUAAACUUCAAAUCCAGAUUGGAGGCGAUCUAAGAGCAGCGACAUGUACAUUAUGUUUUAAUAAUGAUUGAAUGAAUGAACGAAAGACUCCCGGAGCCCAAUCUCUGUGCUGUCUUUGGCAUGACUCUUGUUCCUUUAAACGAUAUUUCUCAAAACAAAAACGAAAGCUGAGACGAUAUAAAAUACCUAAACAAUUCCAUAAUGUAGCUACUUAGAAGGAUUAUAUAACGAACUAUGUCUAUAUGCAGCAUUUAAGUUUCUCUUCACCAUCUGUUUGCCAGCAGCCGUCAAGUUGGAGUUACAAUAGAUGGAAAUCAUACGAAUUUAUUUCGGGUAUUCGCAUCCGUAUCCCCAAUUCGGUUCCGUUCUCCACCUGCCGCGUUGCCUGGGCGAUUUAAACAAUUUCCGAGCCAAUUUUGAAAAUGAAUUAUUGUUUGUUAAGUUUUAUAUUAUAAGACGGCGGCUGCCCCGACCGAAGGAGCAAAACCCAAUUCAAUCAAAAUUCGCAGCAAUUAUUUUGUUUUUUAUGUUUACCAUUUGAGUUUUACGUGUUAGUGCAAUUUUUUGGCAUAAAUAUUUAUACCGAUAUCUUUGUAUUCUUUCCGCGGCGAUCUGAAUGAGUCAUUCUAGUUUAAAUUAGUUGAAUUUAUAUAAACAAAAUUACUUAACGAAAAUUGUAAGCGUAACACGAUGAUUUCUUAUCAAAUCAAUAAUAACUAUACAAAAUAAUUUAGCUAUUUUUAUGUAUGUCUGUGCAUGUGUGUAUAAAUCAAGCGGACGAAGUUGUGCAAUUGUUAGUAAAAUUUUACAUGAAGGAUAUUUAGUAAAAAUACGAAAAUUAAAAAUCAAAGUUGAAAACGAAACGCUCGUGCAAUGACAAAACCUUUUAUUAAAACGCGUUAAACAAGCUAAUUGAAAACAUGAAAAAUACAUUAUAUUUAUAUAUGCUAGUAUGAAUAAUGUACGACUAUAUACUAUUUUUUGGCUAUAGCAUUUUAAACGCAUAUAUUGUAUGUUUAACGUUGAAAGGAAAAAACAAAACAAGAAAAUAAAUCCAAAAAAAUUGUAAAACUUUUAUGAUUGGUUGCUGUAAUUUGGCAAAAGUAAAAGUGCAAUUCCAAAUAAAAUUCAUACAACCAUAACAGCA